CCAGAAACAUGCCGAUCACUUCGAGUUAACGCACCCAGCGAGGAGGAAUCGUCGGUUCGUUCGACGUGAUCAUCGAAGGAUCUCAAAGAAAUGUGAUACACGCGCGAGUACACGUUGUGUUGCUCGUUAUCUCGAUAGUGUAUUAGCCAAGGAUGGCUUUGACGAUCUGGUUGAUAGCUGCGGUUGCAGCUCUGUGCACCACACAUGCCCUCGAGGGGCCAAACAUAUGUACCAGGCUAGACACGUACAAGGUGACGGUGAGGAUAUCGGAGCAGAAGCCUUACACGGUGCGGGAGAACACUUGGUGCUUCAGCUUCCCGCCAAGGUGCUCCAAGUACAAAGUCGUGUUCAAGACAGUUUACAAAGAGCAGGAGCUAACGAAGCAAAGGCCGGUCGAAGAGUGCUGUAAAGGCUACACGCAGACAAACACCGGUGAUCGUUGCAUUCCCGUUUGCUCCAAGGACUGCGUUUAUGGCACUUGCAUCGCGCCAGACGUCUGCAAGUGCGAAUCUGGAUACGGAGGCCCGAUAUGUGAUUUCAAGUGUCCAUCCGGGAAAUGGGGUAAAUCCUGCCAGUAUGAGUGCAUGUGUCAGAAUGAUGCCACUUGUGAUCCAUUCGACGGCAAGUGUAUGUGCACCAGAGGUUGGACUGGUAAAUAUUGCGGCGAAAAGUGUUCACCCGACCGUUAUGGCCAGGAUUGCGGUGAACAGUGUCGCUGUAGAAACGGUGGAAGCUGUCAUCACAUUUCUGGGGAGUGUCAUUGCGCUCCUGGUUACACAGGACCUCUCUGCGACGAUCUGUGCCCACCUGGGAAGCAUGGGGACGAGUGUAAGUCAGAGUGCAAAUGUCAAAAUGGUGGCUCUUGCAAUCCCACGACUGGAGAAUGUUACUGCACCACUGGCUGGACUGGUUCAGUAUGCGCAAACAGGUGUCCAGAAGGUUUUUGGGGGAAAAAGUGCUCUCAGUCGUGUGACUGUUACAACGAAGCUGGCUGCCAUCAUAUCACAGGAGAAUGCGAAUGUAAACCUGGCUACUAUGGCGACAAGUGCUUGAAAAUAUGCGCUGAAGGGAAGUUUGGUUUGAAUUGCACCGAUAAUUGCACCUGCGAAAACGAUGCAUUAUGCUCUGCAGUUGACGGUUCUUGCACAUGUAGGCCCGGGUGGACUGGUGAGAAGUGCGAGAAACGGGUCUGCGAGGACGGAUAUUAUGGUCCCAAUUGUUCGAAAGUUUGCGAAUGCGAAGGCGACAACACGGAACUCUGUCAUCCGUGGACUGGAAAAUGCAUUUGCAAAGCGGGAUGGGAUGGCGACACCUGUGCCAGGCCGUGUCCAUUUUACACCUACGGCAAGGGCUGCCAGAAUCAUUGCGACUGCAAGAAUAACGCACAAUGCUCACCUAUAAAUGGAACCUGUAUUUGCGCGGCUGGAUACAGAGGUGAGGAUUGUAACGAAAUAUGUCCUGACAACACUUACGGGGAGAACUGUGGACAGAAAUGUGUCUGCAAGAACGGCGCCACUUGCUCACCUGAGAAUGGACGGUGCAACUGUACAGCAGGAUGGGUUGGUGUAUCUUGUGACCGUCCCUGCGACAACAAAUCGUUUGGCAAGGACUGCGAGAGCAAAUGCAAAUGCUUUAACAAUGCCGCGUGCAAUCCGCAAAAUGGCACAUGCACGUGUGCAGCUGGUUUCACCGGCGAACUUUGCCAGGAUCGUUGCAAAAAUGGAUUCUUUGGGCACGGAUGUACUCAGGUCUGUGAUUGUCACGACGAGAAUAGCUUAGACUGCGAACCUGCUACAGGUCGUUGCAUCUGCAAGCCAGAGUGGCGAGGAAUCCGUUGUGAGACAAAAUGUCCAGAAGGUCUCUAUGGCGAAGACUGUCAUUCACAGUGCGAAUGCAUGAAUAAUAGUUCAUGCGAUCCGGAAACAGGCAUUUGUAUUUGCGCUAGAGGCUGGGAAGGCCCUAAUUGUUCUCAACCUUGCAAAGAAGGCUGGUAUGGUGUCCGUUGCAACGAAAAGUGUCCAGAGAAAAUGCAGGGUAACAUGACCUGCGACCACGUCACCGGGGAAUACGUUUGUCGACCGGGAUAUUUGGGCUUAACCUGUGAGCAUCCUUGUCCUCCUAAUCGUUACGGUGUAAAUUGCGCCAAUCAUUGUCGUUGCAAAAAUGGCGGGGAAUGCCACCAUGUGACAGGUGUGUGCCAGUGUCGUCCUGGCUGGCAUGGAGAGCAUUGUCAAACACCCUGUCCAGAAGGAACAUACGGCAUCAAUUGCACUCAACAUUGUACAUGUCAAAAUGGCGGGAAGUGCAGAUCUAACGAUGGUCAUUGUCGUUGUACUCCUGGCUGGAUUGGUACUAAAUGUAACGAGAUCUGCCCAGAAGGAUAUUACGGCGAUCACUGCAUGAAACCCUGCGAAUGCAAGAGUGACUUCUACUCAUGUCAGCCUAUUAAAGGUUGCAGUUGCAAACAUGGAUAUGGGGGUGAAAAUUGCGAAGAGGAGUUAUUUUCACGUAACAUUCAACAGAAAGAAGAAACCGGAUAUGGCAGUAUAGUUGCAGGAUUUUUGUUCGCUGCGGUGGUUGUUAUCGCCAUGACAUUGGCGGGUUGGGUAUAUCAUCGGCGCAGAGUAAGAGAUCUGAAGAAUGAAAUUGCUCAAGUGCAAUAUAUUGCUGAGCCACCGUCUCCGCCGGAGCAAACACAGUUCGACAAUCCUGUGUAUGCGUAUCAGGGUUCCUCCAAAUUCGAUGAUGGUACCACUACUUUGUUGAACAAUUUCCAAUUUAGAAAUAAUCUUGGAACGAGCAAGAAAAUAAACAACGAGAAGGUCCUGUUCGGUAUGAACGGCUGCAUAGACGAAGACGAUGAUUGUAAAGGAACGUACAAUCGGUACGAUCUCAAGAAUAGAGAUGCGGACAUGGGAAAUCCGAAUCUCAAUGUGUACCACACUAUUGAUGAAAUGGACGGGAAAAAGGUUGAACAUGUUUACGAUGAAAUAAAACAGAAUAACGAUGAAUCCGAAUACGAUCAGUUAGAGAACCCAAGAGCAGUUAGCACUUACAAACAGUACAAUAGAAUGCCUAAUGAUUCUUCUUCAAGUUCAUCCGACAAUGCAGGACCCAGCAAAACGAAGGAAAAGGAUCCAGAAUUGGGUGAAACUUAAACAUUCUUUUAUCAUUUGUGAAUGCAGGUCAAGUUAUAUGUUUCUAUCUUGCAAGUAUAUGUGUCGUCAAUAUGAUUUCAAGAAGCAAGUGAAACGCUUCUGAUCAUUAGAACAUCAAUGCUUUUCACUUCUCGUAUCCGGAACAGUCCAUGUGAGCUGUUACGCGUGAGUUCCGUGGAAACAUUUCGCAAAUCUCAACCCACUUUCCUUGUAGAAGAAUACAGAUGUACUCUAAUUGCUCAGUAUGUGCAUGUAUGUACAUAGUCGGAUAAUACGAAGUGAAUGGAUACAUGAUUAUUUUAUUUAUAAAGUCCAUAUACUCAUAGUAAUCGUUCAUCUUUAGCGGUUCGGACAGUCUUUUUGUCAUGCGAUAUUUAGUGAUACGAUGCAAUAUUAUUCCAUUAAAUGGAUAGUAGGUAUACGUUACAUAAGUACACUGAGAUCGGCCUUUUAACAAUUUAUUUGAAAAAAGAAGAAAAAGAUGUGUUAUUAUAAUUACGUAGAUUAUCUAUGUUUGAGAGCGAAGAUGAAAAGGUAAUUUACAUAAACAAAAUGUUUAUAAAAGUUAUACAAAAGUUUAUUACUUAGAAUGGCAAGUUUUAAUGGGAGGAGGGGAGUGCCUUGCAGGUUUCGGGUGAUACGUGUUCUGAAAUUGGAUGUAAUUAUCUCAUAAUUUUUACGUUCUUAUCACAGUUUAGAAUACUCAUCAGUAAAGCUAAGAGCAAUUUUUAUGCAUCACACUAAAACAUUUACGAAGACAUGUUUGUUGCAGUUAUUUCGCAAUUACGAUACAGAAUCAUAUCACGAGAGUCUAUUUAAAAUUAAUG